AUGGCCGACGCACCAGAGCAGAAGCAGAGAGUGGGGGGGGAGGAGCAGGUGGAGGAGGAAGAGGAGGAGCAGGAGCAACCGGAGGAGGACGAGGAGGAGGAAGACGAGGACGAGGCGUCGGAGGGCUCGGUGGACAGCACAGAGGGCAGCCCGCGGAUGACGUUGGCGGCCCGCCGGGCGCUGCGGGCCUUGAAGUCGCUGGGGGCCAGCGUGGACCCCGAUGACGACUCCCCCAACAUGAUCGUCUACAGGAAGAUUGAGGACAUAGUGAUGUUCAUCCAGGACGAGGAGGAAGGCGUGCCCAUCAGAACGGUCAAGAGUUUCAUGACAAAGAUCCCCAGUGUGGUCACAGGUACAGAUAUCGUGCAGUGGCUGAUGAAGAAUUUGGACAUUGAGGAUCCAGCUGAGGCCAUUCACGUCGGAGGCCUGAUCGCCUCCCAGGGCUACUUCUUCCCCAUCUCGGACCACGUCCUGUCUCUGAAAGACGACGGAACCUUCUACCGCUUCCAGGCACCAUACUUUUGGCCUUCAAACUGUUGGGAGCCAGAGAACACAGACUAUGCCAUCUACCUGUGCAAGCGGACCAUGCAGAAUAAGACCAGGCUGGAGCUGGCAGAUUACGAGGCGGAGAACCUGGCCAGGCUUCAGAGAGCUUUCGCCAGGAAGUGGGAGUUUAUCUUCAUGCAGGCUGAGGCCCAGGUCAAGAUUGACAGGAAAAAGGAUAAAUCUGAGAGGAAGAUACUGGACAGCCAGGAGAGGGCCUUCUGGGACGUCCAUAGACCUGUGCCAGGCUGUGUCAACACGACAGAGAUGGACAUCAGGAAGUGUCGUCGCAUGAAGAAUCCUCACCGAGUUAAGAAGUCGGUGUACGGCCUGGCGGAGGAGCCCACCCAGGUCCAGAGCCCCGUGCACGGGCCCGUGCACAACGCCCGCAAAGGCACCAAGGAGGACCUGGAGAAGGAGAUUGGCUUCCUGCGCCAUCAGCUCGACCGCCACUGCAUGAAGAUGUCUAAGGUGGCUGAAAGUCUCAUCAGCUACACGGAGCAGUACAUGGAGUACGACCCGUUCCUCACCAGUCCUGAGCCCUCCAACCCCUGGACAAGUGAUGACUGCACCUUCUGGGACCUGGAGACCAGUAAGGAGCCCAGCCAGCAGCGGGUGAAGAAGUGGGGCUUCUCCCUGGACGAGGCGCUGAAGGACCCAGCAGGACAGGAGCUCUUCCUCAAGUUCCUGGAGUCUGAGUUCAGCUCUGAGACCUUGAGGUUCUGGCUGGCGGUGCAGGACCUCAAGCAGCGCCCCCUGCUGGAGGUGGCCGAGCGCACGCAGGAGAUCUGGGCCGAGUUCCUGGCGGAGGGCGCGCCCAGCACCAUCAACCUGGACUCCCACAGCUACGAGCGCACCGGACACAACCUGAAGGACCCGGGCCGCUACAGCUACGAGGACGCCCAGGACCACAUCUACAAGCUGAUGAAAAGUGACAGCUACACGCGCUUCCUACGCUCCAAUGCGUACCAGGACCUUCUGAUUACCAGGAAGAAGCCUGAGGCGGAGCAGGGCAGACGCACCUCCCUGGAGAAGUUCACCCGCAGUGUGGGCAAGUCUCUGACGGGCAAGCGGCUGACGGGCCUGAUGCAGUCGUCCUGAUGAGACCCCCCCCCCGCACCUAGAGGUGGGCCAGCACCGCCUGAGAGGACUCAGCCCCUAACCCUGAACCUGCCUCCAACCCCAUCCAGCACAACACACCCCUUUAGAAUUGAAUUGGCCCUUAGGUCGGGGGCGCUAAGGUGACAGCAUGCAAUGAGUCACCUAGGGACUGAACGCAAAGGACAGCGGCACCCCCCCCAACACCCCAUCCCAGAAUAGAAUGAUUAUGCGUCACCCUAAACAAAACCCCUGACUGCCUCGUGAGCGGGGGUCGUAUUCAGAACCAAGCAGAAAACCUCCCGGACCAACACGAUCCCACGGAGCCCUUCCACUGCUCCCAACCACAAGAGGAGGAGCCUUCUCCGCCGCGUCAUAGGAACCGGGGAUAAUCGGUUCAUCCACGGGGCUGGAGAUCUUUCUUUGAGCUGGCCAGUGUACAGGGGUACAGAGGCAUGGGUGUGUGGGGAGUGGGGUGCAGCAUGUUGCCACUAAAACACUCCCCACUGAACUGUUUGCGUUCCAAAAAUCGUUGGUCACAUUUUUAUUUGGUUUCAUAUCUUAAAGCACGACCAAGCCAGUCUGCCUCUUGGGGCUCUUAAGAUGUGAUGUGUAUCGCAGUACUAAAAUACACCAACUUUCUUGGCAACUAGGCCUUAAAAGUAACAUCAUGUGACUUGAAGAAUUGGCAGAAAAGAAGAUAAUCUCUGUGCUGCAUCUAUUUACUUCAAAAUGCACACUCACACACUAUUACCACUCUAUUUUUUCUGUCCAGAUCCAGCUAGCUGUAAAUGUAUUGGCCUUUUUAUUUCAAUGAUCAUAAUCGCUGAUUACAGUAGCACAGUGAAUACUGCACAAAUAAACACAACAUGUAUUGUCUACUCGUUGGGGUCGAGGUGAUGCUGUUGUUUCUCCGAGACAUUCCACCCUGCUCCCGCUCAGACGCCGUUGGGCGGGCUGCGGGUUUGAUUUCCACUGCCUGUGUGGCAGGACGCUGUGACAAUAAAGGGUCAUGUUUAAAGAGGGGCAUCUGUUGUUCUGUUCAUCGUCGCACACGAUGACUUCCAACCACGCUGAUUCCAUUGCAUCCUAAUUCUGAUACUGAAAUAAUACACACACACAAUUAUCUCAAAACAGACACACACAGUCUAUUCUGAUACUAAAACAUACGCACACACACACACACAUGCAGAAAUAUCUCAAAACAUACAGACACACAGACAGACACACACACACACAUACACACACACACACACACACACACACACUCACACACACACACACACACACACACACACACACACACACACACACA